AGUAAAUCCGUUCAUGACGGCGGGUUUGGUCAGCGAGAGAGAUACUCCCCCCUCCCCUUCACAGCGAAAGAGUAAGAAUUUCCGAGGGCAAGCUUACCCAAGUCAAGUCAACUACGAAUCUGACGACGUUGCCCGUCUGCAGCGAUAUUCCCAAACAGUCGUGGUAGCCCCCCCUCCUCUCCCUCGGACGAACGUGUGCUUCGUGCAGCGGACGGGUUUCGACGGACCAACGGGCUCACUCACCCAACGCCCCUGAAAGGUUAUCCGUACGCUCGACUGCGAGAGGCGAUCAAAAUUUAAAGCAAGGUAUAUAUCGCAGCGUGAGAAGAGAGGCGCAACCAGCGCGGCG